CUGCUUGUCGUAAUAUAUGUUCAUAUGUCUCAGAUGUCAAAUCACUUUUCUAAUGAGAAAAAUGGCACAAAAGACGGAACUAUGAAGAAAGCAUUCAGUGCAAACUCAUCUGGAUUCAGUAAUUAUUCUUUUAAAUAAAUUGUUGAAUUAAAAUCGAGAAAAUAGAAAUCAAAUUACAACACAUCAAUAUGGAUCAAUUGUCUCGGAGCGAUAUAAUCGCAGUUUUUGUGCGUGUUGGUAUUGGGGCGGCUGUAGCCUUUUAUUCGAUAAAAUGGUUAAUGAAUCAAAUGGACCCGACCAUUCAAAGUAAGAAAAAAGCACGGACAAAGGCAGAAUUCCAAAUAAAACGGAUUACGGAAACAGACAAAAGUCUUAAAAUCGAUAUAUCCACAUUAUCUGAUUAUGAACUGGUAAUUGCAUCGCAUUUGGUUGUGCCUGAAGACAUCAACGUCAGCUGGGCAGAUAUAGCAGGUUUAGAUUCCGUGAUACAAGAGCUUCGGGAAAAUGUCGUAUUGCCAAUUCGUCAUCGACAUUUGUAUUCAUCAUCACAGCUGUGGAAAGCGCCCAGCGGUGUACUUCUACAUGGCCCGCCGGGAUGUGGCAAGACGUUGAUUGCAAAGGCAACCGCAAAGGAGGCUGACAUGCGUUUCAUUAAUCUCGACAUUGCAAUGCUCACCGAUAAAUGGUAUGGUGAAUCUCAAAAACUGGCAUCAGCUGUAUUUUCAUUGGC